CAAAUCCCCUAGAAACAAAGCUACAAGAAAAAGCUUGUUCCCUACACCGGCGUUCAGCAAGGAAGCUGUAAGAGAGAAAAUGCUACUGUUAAGACUAGCAUCAGUUAAUCAAGGACUUGUUGAAAAUUUGAUUUAAAAGGAUGUGGCAAAUUCAAUUUGCUAUCUUGGUAUGCAUAGAUAUAAAUCUUCAUGCUGCAAAUUAAGAAUGCAACAACCAAGGUUUGACAAUUCUUCAGACCUGGUCAAAGAAACCAAUGUGGAGCCCCUGGACAGGGAAGCUGAUCUCCAUAAUGAAAAUGCUUCUUUGUCUGAAAGCAGCAUCCCAGAAGAUGUCUUCGGUUCCUCUGAAAUGCAGACAGUACCAGUUUGUACAGACACCACCUUGCCUCCAGGGGACUACAUUCUCAGAGGAGGUUACACGGAGUCUUCACUUCUGAGGCUUCCUACAGAGGAGGGCACUGGGACCCACCAUGCGCCUUUCCACUUCAACCGCCAUGCUCGGGCCAGAAUUUCCACUUCUCCAACUUUAAGGCGUCUAAGGAUGGCCUCUGCCUCACAAGUGCUGUCAUUUCAGGACUGUUCUGACACAGCUCAGCUGGGGAAUCAAAAGGAAUACACCAGCUCUCUCCACCACAUUUGUAAGAGUCCACCUCGGUGCAUCACAGUUUCUUCAUUGUUGCUGCCUUCUUGUGUCCAUGAAAAAUUAUUGUCAUCCAAAGCCAAGGCUGAGAGAACUAUAGCAGUUCCAGAGUCUGACCUACCCAAAUCAAAGCUUCCAAGCCAAGAGGAUCCUCUCAGCAAUGGCAGUCCCAAUGAGCCACCCAGAAACCCUUGGAAAUCCAGCUCUGCUACACUUCCAACGAGACUCCCGUGCCCAAACCCUCCCCUUUGGGCGGGGCUCCAGGAGAGUGGACUGCCCAUGCAAAGAUCGGCCGAGCGCAGGCGCAGCUCCCUGGUAGUGACUCUGCCGGGCCUCGAGGUGUUCCCUGGAGACCUGCUGGUGUCGGACAGGGCCAUGGACUACCUGCCCUGCUCAUCCCUCCUGCUCAGCGCAGAGUCCAAAAAGUCAAGGUGGCCAUUUGCCAAAAGAGGAGUCGGUAAAGACAAACAGAAGCAAGCAUCUGAUCUGGAAAAUUGUCUUUCAACUGUUAAGAUCAUAGACUGCUGCAGAGAUGAAUUUUUCUGCUUUAAGAGUAAAUCUUGGCAUGAAUUUAUGAGUGAGCAACAGACUGAGCAGAAAGAUGUCAACAAGCGGUUAGAAGUGAAAAAAGAAGCAGCAGUGUGGGAACUUUUCACAAGUGAAUGCACUUACUUUCUGGAUCAUUUGCUGGUUCUCAAGAUGAUAUUUAUGAACACUCUAAAAUACCUCCAGAGUAAUGAGUUUCUCAUGGAUGUGGAUUUGUGGAGACUUUUUGCAAACUUAGAGGAGUUAAACAAGAUAAGUCUCAGUUUUCUGAAAACAUUUUUUGAAACUGUGAAGAAGCAUGUCAGCAAGUCAGACUCUCCUAUGGAUUUCAGCUCUGUACUCAGAACGUUUUUCCAGGGUGACCUCUGUCAGACACACCAGAGAUAUUGUCUUAAUUAUACCUCUGCUAUCUUCUACUUGGAAAAACUGAGACAGAGAGAAGAUUUUGGCAUCUACCUGAAGCAGUGGUGUGAACAAAAUGAACUGUGCAAGAGAUUGCAUCUGCCAGAGCUGCUGGUUGCUCCUCUGCAUCGACUGACACGGUAUCCCCUCCUCCUCAACAACAUCUGGAAGAGGAGCACUGACGAAACAGAGAAAAGUUUUAUCCAGUCACUUAAAGAGAAGGUGGAAAAGUCUAUAAGGGAUCUAGAAGGUAAAGUCAAGUGGUUGGACAACUUUCAGAAGUUCAGGCAGCUGCAAGAGGUCAUAAUCUGGCCUCAGAUUUGGGAUCGUGACAAAAGGUUCUUUGUCCCAGAGUGUUUGAAGCAAAACUUAAGAGAAAACAGCAGUGAAAACAUUUUGUCUUCGGCAAACAGACUUCUCCUUCAUGAAGGGAGGCUGAUGCUAGUAGAAAGCACAAGACUCCUUGAUGUCUACCUCUUUUUAUUUGAAGAUUUCUUAUUGAUUACCAAAAUUAAACGUAACAAAAAGAAAUAUGGAGGCUCAGACACCAGCUUAAUCCCCGUUUGUCCUUCCCUCACUCCUGAGCUGCAGUCCUUCAUAAGAGAGGGAGGAUUUUGCACAGUCCUAGACCAGCCCAUCCCACUAGACAGACUCAUACUGAAAAAUGUUGACCCCGUCCAAGUUACAGUCUUCAGCCUGCGAAAUGCAUUUCUGAUUCAGCACGAGAACAGGUAUCGGCAGAGCAUAGCAGUCUUCUUGCUACAAGCUCAGACAGAGACUGCCAAGAGGAUGGUCAGCCCCUCCAGAGAAGUCAACACCAAAACAAUCCCCCCUACACCCAACUCGCAUGCAGUAGUAUUCAGACCAGAAAACUGUCUCAUGCUCAUCUAUUCACAACACGACUGAACAGAUGAAAGCAUGGAUAUCACAGAUAGAAACAGCAACCUUCAAUUACACCACACAACACAAAACCAAGAAAAGCACUGCUUUCUGCUUCCCUGUUGAAUCCUCUGAAAUUUAAUAAUGUCAGCACUGCACUGACAGAGCCAGUGGAAGACCACUGUGGUUAUAAUAUAGUUACUUCUUUCAGAAUGCCUUAGGUCUCUGAAGCUAACAGAUUUCUGACCUGACAGAAGUAUGGUGCGUAGACCACACCACAUAUUAAUAAACCGGAGGAGGGGAAUGAGCCAUGCAACAAAUGUAUCGCUCCUAGAUGCUUCUUAGGUUCACCUAGGGAAGGUUCUUGCCAUCCAGGGAAGCUUUAAUAGAGCUUGUCAUCUCCCAGAAAGCAUGACAGAGAAAAACCCGUGUUGGUAAGCACAACUCAUUCACCAGAGAAGUUUAGAAGGGUUAUUGCAUCAUUCAAACUGUAUUAAUGAAUUUCAUUAAAUCAGAAUUGUGUAGCCAUAGCUUCUGAUAUCUAUGUGUCUCUACCCACUAAUCUACAAUAUCACAAGAUGUUUUUUGCAUUUAUACUGAGUGUGUGUAUAUACGCAUACAUCUGUAUGCACUUACCUGGUCCGGUGCUCUCGAGAUACAAAUUCCUGCUCUUCCUCUGUGUCUAUCAUCAAGUUUUCGUCACAGCUUCCCAGGAAAGAACAGCCCUCAGGCUCCACGCCAAACAGUGAACGCGUGAAGCAGGAGGGCAGAACUGAGUGCAGACAGAUCUGCACCAGGGCAUCACACCAGCUGCCAACGCCUCGCCACAGCCUGGCUGACACAGCUGUGCACCACCUCCCCAUGCUCGGCACACUGCAUCACACCGAGAGCUCACCAGAACCUCACAGCACCCUGAAACCAGUGCUGACGGGACAAGGAGAUUUCAAGCCCUGAGGAGUCACACAUGACAGACUAAGGUCUGCUCUUUGUGUGCUAGCAGAAGAGAGUAUUUUUCACUUUGUAUAAUUUUACCAAAACAACCUUUAGCCAGGUCUACUCACUUUACCAGACAAGCAGUCAUUCCAGCAUGUCUCCAAGGAGGACAGCCCAGGGGAAGGAAGUACUUACACAUGGGCUUGUCUUCAUGGAGACACAAGUUUAAUAGACAUGGAGACACAAGCUCUUCUGAGUCAAGAGAAAGGUAUCUCAGGAAGCAGUUGAGGCAGAAACUGACUUCCCAAUUCACACUGCCUUUCAGAGGAGACCUCUCCUCUCCCUCUUUCUCUGUAUCUACACAGAGCCCCUGCUUCAACAGCUAAACAUGGGUUGUUCGGUUGUUCCUCCACAAUUCAACAGUGGCUGAUCUCCCACAUUAACCAUCUGGCAACACAGUUCCACCCUGAAAGAGCUUUCCAUUUCACAAGUGAGACCUUUAUUGGUCUAAAAAAUUACACAAGUGCUAUUUUGAGUCUUCCAGUUAUGCCAAUUGUCCAGCUGCAUCAAAUAUGAUGUCAGAACACAGCCAGUGACAGAAGGAUUUUCACUGAAUGUGGGAUACUUAGCAGCCUUGCACAGUUAUUGGGAAUGGAAAAACUACUCUGAAUUUAACCUGUGAAAAAAACAGAUUUAGACACAUUAUUAUUGUGUCCUCAGGAAUGUGAAAGCCUUUGCUGAAGCUCCCUGCAAGUCUAAGAAACUGGAACAUUUAGCCUGUUCUUACAUGUGUGGCUUCCCUACAGUUAAUUUGUAAAACUAUAUAUCCACCAUUUCAAAGUAGCUUUGCGGUCUGAAAUGGGCAAGGUUGUUUUGAAUGACAUCACCUGGUCUACUAGAAAGGUCUAAUUUUUUUAUUAUUAUUAAUAAUAAUCAUUCCUUUAACAGAUUAUAAAACAAAAAUUACAUUUCAGCAACAAUUCAUCAUAGUUUAUACAGAACCCGUUGAUGCAUGGUGUCACCUUUCCAUUCAAAUCCACAGCCACCUUCCAGAUCACAGAGUUUAAGAAUUACAGUGCACACUGGACUAAAUUCUUUCACAAUGUAAGGCACAACUACAUGAUCACAAGUAGUAAACACAAACACUGAAAAUAGAACUUAAAGAGAAUAAAACUUCAAUUAAAAAGAAAUAAAAAACCAAAACAGACUCAUGCAAAAAAAAUCUAUCUACAAGAUAGAUAGAUGCUACCAAGAUGGUAGCAACCAGGUUAGAAGUACAGUACUCUGUAAGUAAAACUGCAACAUAAGUCUUUUAUAAUACAUUACUUCUAAAUAACAAGUAAAAACUUGUAUUUUUUCCAUUUAUGUUUUAUACAAUUAUACAGAAAUUAAGCUGUAUGAACAAUAUUCACAUCUGCAAUAAUAAACAGAUCAUUAAAAGUCAGAAAAGAGGCAAAUGAGACCAUGUAAUUUGUGGCACGCAUCCAUUACAGAACACCAUUCAUAAAGUUCACACCUCGAGUACUGAAGAAAAAAAACCACAACCAGAUGAAUGGUACAUUUGGUGACUGAGGCUGUCUGUAUCCAAACAACAAAGCUCCAUACAAAAUUGGUUUUACCUAGCAGACCAUAAUUAUGAAAACUUGUGGUUAUAACUUAUUUCCUGUCCAGCAGCUAGAUUGCAAGGUUGAAACUACAGAAGUUAAAAUAUUUUAAGAGAAUUUACAAGAACUUGAAACUGUUGGAUAUUUUCAUAUGCACAUUUAAAAAAAAGAAAGACUUGACUAUUUUCCUUUUUGGUGAUAAACUUCUGCAAUUUUGGCAUUCACUGUAACUUUUACAUAACAUGACAGUGAGAAAAUCUUAUUAAACUUACCUAAUGUUUGAAUUUCA